GAGGCCGCGGCUGAGGGAGGCGGGCGAGGCGGAGCGCAGGGCCGCGGGCAUGGCCGAGAGCGGGGACGGCGGGUCGCCGGAGCCGGGCCCGUCCCCGUCCCCCCCGCCGCCGCCGCCGCCCUCGGCGCCGCUGCCGCUGCCGCGCCUGGAGAAGCCCCUGCGGCAGGCCUUCUACAACACGGGCGCGCUGGUGCUGGCGGGGCUGUGCUGCGGGGCGGCCGUGCUGGUCUACUUCAUCCUGGAGGCCUUCCUGCGGCCGCUGCUCUGGGCCGUGCUGUGCGGCACCUUCCUGCACCCCUUCAAGAGCUCGCUGACGGCGCUGGGCCGCGGCUGGCUGCGCCGCCUGCGCCGCUCGGGCGCGCCCGUCCUGCCGGCGGCUCUGCUGCUGCCGCUCUGCUUCGCCAACGCCGCCGGCGAGGCGCUGGGCAGGCAGGUGCUGCGCCGCCGCCGCCUCCUCCUGCUGCUGGGCGCCGGCGGGCCGGCCGCCUACGGCCUCUACGCCCUGGGCUCCUCCCUCGGCGUGCAGGCCGCCCUGGCCCAGGCCGCCCGCAUCAUCUACCGCGGGCUGGACUGCUUCAGCAGCCGCUGGAUAUGGACUCUGAUUGUUGGCUACUUGUUAACUGUAUUAUUCAAGUGGAAUCCGAGCACUGAGCGUUACUUAAGAACAAUCGCUGUUCCUGUCUGGAUUGUAUUACUUUUUCAUUUGGCUUCUGCAGCAGGCUCUUGGAGAAUUCCCGUAUUUCUGGUUAUAGUUGUCUUGAUGACUGUAGGCAUGGUUCAUGAACAUCCAAGCGGGAAAGGUCCUUCGGGGGCAGAAUUUCCUGGCCAGAUGAUGUCCAUCGCAGCGUCUACGAUUGCCAUGGCGAUAUCAGUCACAGGGUAUGAGCCAAGUAAUGAGCAUCCACCACAACCCUCAGGAACCACAGACAGUGGCAAUCCUUCUUCAUCGGCUUCAUCUCCUUCUCCAUCUACUGUGAGUGGCAGACCGAGACCUGAGGUUGGAGCUCUUCUUAGAAAGAAGAAGACCAGUGACGUCUAUUUUGUGCUGCUUAUGUGGGCCAUUGUGAUAGUGCAAAUCUGGUUGAACCUCUGGAUAAUUCAGUUGCUGCCAGUUCCUAUUGCAGUCUGGGUCGUCAAAAAUCUUGUGGUCCACUUUGGAGUCGUGAAUUUCCUGAUGAGCCACUGCAGCAGCUGGUGGUAUAUCCUCGAAGGCUUUCUGCGAGAGCGCCAAGAGGCUCUUGCGCCAUGGCCAGUUAAGGGGCUUGGAAGAGUCCUUCUCAAACUAGACAGUAAGAUGAUUGUCUGGCUGGAGAAAAUGCUAGAUAAAAUCAUUAGCAUUUUUAUUAUAUUUGUGCUAGUGAUAGGAACCCUUCUGCUUGCUCUUCUCCUCACCGCCAAGGUGCAUCAAGAAAGCGUACACAUGAUUGAAGUCACAAGCAGCUUGAUCAAUGAAACUGUAGCUAAUCACCCAGAAUGGGCCAACUGGCUUCCUGAAGCUCAGGUUAUUCAGAAGGCUCUGAAUUCUGCUGCCAAUAAUGUCUAUCAAUAUGGUCGAGAAUGGAUAACGCACAAGCUUCAUAAAAUAUUAGGAGAAAAAGUGAACAACACUGCUGUGAUUGAGAAGCAAGUUUUGGAGCUCUGGGACAGACUAUAUCACUCUUGGUUUGUGAAAAAUGUGACACAUUCAGGAAGACACAAAGGGCACAAGCAUCAUUUAAGCCGUCAGAACAGCUGGCCGGGGGAGAUUCUAGAUUGGCAAGACGUAGCCUCCUUUGUUCAUGAAAACAUUGAGACAUUUCUUUCGAUCUUGGAAUCCCUCUGGAUCGUUAUGAGUCAUAACGUGAGCCUCCUUUUUACCACCGUUACAACUUUAGUAACUAUCCUCUUCUACAGUGGCACUGCUCUUCUUAAUUUUGUGCUUUCUCUGGUUAUUUUCCUGACCACUCUGUUCUACCUUUUAAGCUCCAGUGACGAAUACUACAAACCAGUGAAGUGGGUGAUCAACUUGACUCCCUUGUCGCAGCCUGGCCCUUCUUCAAAUAUAGUGGGCCAGUCUGUGGAGGAGGCCAUAAGAGGUGUAUUUGAUGCAUCCCUCAAAAUGGCUGGUUUCUAUGGACUGUAUACCUGGCUGACUCAUACCGUCUUUGGAAUUAACAUUGUCUUCAUACCUUCAGCGCUGGCAGCAAUCCUUGGAGUUGUCCCCUUUUUGGGAACAUACUGGGCUGCUGUACCUGCAGUUCUGGACCUCUGGCUUGUGCAAGGAGAAGGGUGGAAAGCACUCCUCCUUUUGAUUUGUCACCUGUUGCCAACGUAUUUUGUCGACACAGCAAUCUAUUCAGAUAUAUCAGGAGGCGGGCAUCCAUACUUGACUGGUCUGGCUGUAGCUGGUGGAGCAUAUUACCUAGGGCUAGAAGGAGCCAUCAUUGGACCCAUACUUCUCUGCAUUCUGGUGGUUGCCUCUAACAUCUACAGUGCUAUGCUUGUGAGCCCAACGAACACAUUGCCCACCCCAUCACAAAUGUCUUGGCCUUUGCAAAUAUACCAGCAAUCAAGAGAGAGUCCUGAAGAACUGAAGAUUGCCACAGAGUGACGGACAGACACAGCGUUCCUUCUAUUCCUGUUCCUUCUGAGCGCACUGGACUCGGGCAGCCACCGCCGCCGCCUUUGGUCCCAUCUCCUACUGUGCCUAAUGACAGCACUGAGGCGACAUCCGCUUAGAAGUGCGCCCCCCGAAGCGGAUGUUGCCUUAGGUCGUUGCGUAUUUUGCCUUUGCCAAGUGGAUGUGUCUGCUGCCCAUGGUUUUCUUAUUAUGCAAACUGACCUAGGAUUUGGGAGGCUUGGUUUGCCAAACUGUAUCCUUCCACAAAAAUCGUUGAGUCAAGUUUUGUUGCCUGUUGAAAUUUUCUAAUUCAGCGUUUAUGUUUUUGAUUCUACACAUAAAUAGAUUUUUGAAAGUUUAAAAUCCCACCUCACUUGCUCUUAGAAUACUCACUUGAUUGUAAGGAGAUCCAUUUUUGUAUAGAUGUUAUGCCAUUAAAGCCUAGCAUCUGCUCAAGUCAAGUAUAGUUUUGUGCUGCUCUUUGAAGACAUUUGUAAUGGUUGCUUUAUAAAAUGAGUGACACUUUCUGCUUGUAUGCCAGCAAUACUGGCCUCAUGAGGAUGCUGUACAGCCAAUGGCUGUGUAACUGAAAUCUAGCUUUAUGUUCAGUAUGAUGUGGGAGGAUGUUUGUUUAGAAGGACUGCUUACUGCUUACUUUUUCAUAUGAUUUCAGUUUGGGAAAAUUAUUACACAGAUAUAUUUGGAAGAAUAAAUAUAUUCUGGUAUAGUUCAAAUCCUCCCUUGCAAGACAGCAGCACAUGCUAUGCUACAGGAGAACCAGGAGGGCUAAUCAUAGGUCCUAGUGAGUCAGCAAACAUUCACUGCUUCCCUGGGGUGGGGGGAGGUAUAGCAAAUUCUGCAGGGCCUGUGACAGGAAGAGGGCAUGCAGCAUGAAAUAGUCUGGGACCUUCAUUGCAGGGAGCCUUUCUGGUGGACUUCAAGAAUAGGCAUGGCCACAUCAGCCGUAUGGGUGGGCUCCUGGUCUGUCUGGAGAGAUUGACCCAGGCCAUGAGGCAGUGUGCUCCUUGGCUUGGCCGGCACCCCCUAGGAUGCCUUUUCCUUGGUCCUCUGUGGCCUCCUUAUAAAUAGUUCUCUUUAGUUGAGUUUCCCUAGUUUGUCUGUUUGUUGCCAUAGUGAAAAUAAGUUUAUUCCUCAUUGUCCCUUAGUGUCCAUGUCCAGGAACUAGUGAAGCUGUGCCAGGGCCGCCCAGUCCUAUGAGGUUGGUCCUGAGACCUGCCUUGGACUUUUUAUAUGGCCCUUAAAAGCCUGGGCUUGCCAAAAGGCACAAGCCAAAGGCCCCGGCUCUCAGCUUGUGGCUUGCAGCCUGUGAGCCUGCUAACCAAAAGACUAGGGUUGCUAACAGGACAGGAGAAAAAUAUCUGGUCCCUUUAAUAGAGGCUUAAUCACAUGUUAUUUUCCAGUUGAUGUUGUUUAUCUAUGUACCAUGAUAAGAUUGACCUGCAUGUUUCCACACAUCAAGCCUCUACUAAAGGGAGAGGAGAUUUCUCCAGUGUCUGCUUUGGCCACCUGGAGAACGCAACACCUCUUUAAGAAGAUACUCUGUGUACUGUUGGUUUUCAUUUAAACCAUAUUUGUCUGACAAAAUUAUAUUGUAAUAUUUUUAAAGCUGCUUUCAGUUCCUAUUAAAAAUUCCAAACUUAAACAGAUGAAUCAAAUCACACCUUAAUGCAACGAAGUCAAGACAUGUUAAAAUAGCUGGAUUUGAGUCCAGUAGCACCUUAUAGACCAACAAGAUCUUCAGGGCAUGGAAGUUUACAAGAGCCAACGCUCCCUUCAGAUACAGGAUCUGAAGGUGGGAGCUUUUGACUCUCCCAAGCUUACACCCUGAAAACCUUGUUCAACUCUAAGGUGUCACUGGAUCCAAAGUCUGCUGCUCUACUGUAGAUGGACAUGGGUACCUACCUGAAAUGAUGUUAGAAUGAUUUGUGCAGAUUUACCAAGGUGUGUAAGUAUAUUCAGGGCACUGAACUAAAGCAGCUGGCUAAAAAGACUAUUUUUUUAAUGCAGAGAAAAUAAUAAAUCGUGCUGGCAAGAGGAAUCUGUUCCACCGGUUCUCUGGGCCAAACUAUGAAUUUGUGUUCUUAACAAGUUUGGUCUGGGCUUCCUGGACCCAGCUGGGGUUCUCUGCAGCCACACAGCUGCUGCUGGGAAUGGUUUUUGAAAAAUAAAAGAGAGUCCAGAUGGGCUUGGAGCACCGCGAUGGAGGAAGAAGAGCUCCUGCCUCCCUCCCAAGCCAUUUUCCUGAGCCAAAACAGGGCGGGAGAAGGAGACAUAUCCCAGUGUUUCUGCUCUGCUUGCGCAGAAUACUCCCCAUGGAGCAGCAAAAAUCAGGAACCAGUUCUUCCCCAAGCACGGUCUUGGUGCAGCAAAACAGCUGGCGGGCACGGGCAGGGAGCCUUCCUCCCACCUUGGCCGUGUUCCAAGGCCAAACGGGCUCUUUUAUUUUUCAAAAGCCAUUACCUACAGCUGCUGUGCAGCAGAAGGGAACCUGGAUCCAAGUCUUUAAACAACCCAACAUGUAGUUUGGCUCUCCAUGUACAUGGCUAAAGCCAUGUGGUUGUCUGCAUCAGAUUAAAAACUGGUUAUGUAGGCUCAAGUGUACAGAGGUAUGUAGACGGUGUUGUGGUCAGGUUCUCAACAUGAAAUAGACAUGCCACCAAAAAGAAGGUCAGUAUCUUCAGGGUUAAAUGACAGCAAGUCGCAAACCUAAACACACUGCUAGGUGCUUGUUUAGCGAAUGUGCCUCAGGGCAAAGUUGCUGGCAAGCAAUCAUCGUGGCUAUGCUUGUUUAAGCAAAGAUAAAAGUCAGUUGGCUUUAGUAAGUUUUUGCACUAGAAGUAGACUCAGUAAAUGUGUUGAAUAUUCCUUGCAGCGUGCAAAUUUGUUGAUAGUCUAGGAUUCAACUACAUAAGAAUGUUGUGAAUUUUUGCUGCUCUGCAUGCACACAGCGCUCCACAUGGAGCAGCAAAAACAGGAAAGUAGCACUGGGAGGGAAUUAUUUCAGCACCGCAGUCACAGCUCCUCCAGUUGUUUCAUUCAUAAAAAUCCUAGAAUCACAUGCAGAUCUAUUACCAGACUAUCCAUUAACCAAAGUGUGCUCUCUGAACUCCAUUACAGGGAUUAUAAAGCAACUUUGUCCUUACAUUUAUACAUGGUAUGAGAAGCAAAGCUUUCAUUUGUUCACUGCAUGGAGAAUGUAUGAAGAUAACAUUCUGUCUCAAUCCACAUCAAAUGUAGCAGCCUUCCUCAUCUGCAGAGGGGUACAGCAUAAAGGAGCCCUGAUCUCCACCUCUGUUCUCAGUGUGCAUGGGCAGAUGCCGGGAAUGAAAGGCCUGGGCGUGCCCAUCCUGUUUGUGCCUUCUGUUCCAUCAAGGAACGCAGUUUCAGAGCUCAUGUUUAUUGACUAUGUGGAGAGGGAAUGCUGGGGGAGGGCAUGUAGGAGGCACACCUGUGCCAUCUCUUCCCUGGUGCGCUGGUCGUGUGCAUAGGGAACAGGGCUCUGUUAGGCUGUGCGGUGAUCCCUUUGUAAGUGUUGCGCCUGUGUUGGACUGGAUUGAGCUGUAUGUGUAUAAGGGACAAAAUGAACUAAUGUACAAAUAUCCCAAUGUAUUAGGGGAUACAUUUGGGAAACAGAAUCCUACUAUAGCCAAGUAUUUCCCGAAUUGUAGGUGCAGAUAUUAGAUGCCUCUAGGAAGGCUUGUUUUGUAACAUUGGGAUUUGUAUUACUUUUUUUUUAUGGUGUAGCAAAUGGAAAUGGAGGGCCAGCUCUUGUAUUCUUGGAAGUAAAUGGUCCCUGUACAUUUGGGCAUUCUAGCCACAGAAUUGUAUUUCCUCACAGUUAUAGAAUGAAACAAUUGGCAUUGUGUAUUAACAUUGUAAAACAGAUGAAUAGCAUAGUCACAGUCAGCUGGAAGUGAAGAAGUCUGUCCUCACCAGUUCAUUAACAGAUCUUUAAGUCUGUUAAUCAAGUAACGGGUUAGUUCAGUUGAAUGUUAAGACACUCCCAAGUUCAUUGGUCCACACAUUUAAAUUUUUUAAAUGUAAGUACUUAAUAAAAACAGCAGAUGAUGCGUUCUGGCUUAGGUCACUUUUGCACGAAGAUAUUAUCCCAUUUUGAAUCAGUUUUGGUACCGAAUAUUGUAAAAGUAACAUAGAAUAGUUUCAGAUGUGGCGCUUUCAAACAGGCCUUUUAAACUGUAUGCAUAGCACAUUUUGAUUGGAUUUUUAAAUUUCUGAUCAUGCUACAUUUUCCCAGAGCACCCAACAUUUUUAAGAAUUUUCCUCCACAGCUUUGUGCUGUAUCGAAAAAUGCCCUUACUCAAAAACAAAUAUUAAAAUAGGCAGGAAAAACAAAGUGGCUCAUUGUGGAGCUCUACAUACACUUCAAAUUAGUCAUGCAACCAGAUUUUUAAAAACUUCUCAAGAAAAGUUAAUUUUUUAAAAAAUCAAAUCUUCACAAAAAGGGACCUUGCCCUUUAAGAUAUCAGAAAUAAUUUGAAAAAACAGUUCACCAUCAACAUUGGCAAUGGUUUAAAGAGCCUGCCUGUCUGAAAUGCAACCCCCCACCACCACCUCGUUCUGCAUCAGAUGCCAAAACGGAUUUAAAGAGCCCACCUUCUGAAAGUGUCCUUGGAGGGAGGGAUUCCCCCGUCACUCUCCUAAGGACGCGAGUGCCUUUUCUAAGGGAGUGCCUCCUGCGACACAUACGUGUGUACAUAAAAAACGUGUGCUGUUUUCCUUUGGAAAAUGUUUUACUUACAUGCAGAUCUAACUGAUUAAACUUCAUAUGAUUAAUUAAAUAAGAUUACUUUUAAACAGGUGAUAGCUGUGGCUUUGAAUACCAGGAUGUUGACUGUCCAAGUAAUUAAGCAAGGUGCUACAACAGAGUUAUAAUUCUGGCAGUGAUGAGAGUAUUCCUUCUUGAAAACAGGCUGUUCAGAUUGGUUUACAUUUGCUCUUUUUAAAAAGCUAUGCACCUUCCCAGAGUGUUCUUUCUCUAAAGGUCUCCUGUAGUGGCUUUGCAUGUGUCCAGUGUGGGAUUUGCGACUCUGCCUUUUAGAUCCUUUCCUGACAUUUGCUCCCCCCCCCCCCCCCCCCACACACACAGUCAGUGUUACUUUUUGCUCUUGAAAUAUUUGGCCAUCUUGUUUUUUUUAAAGGGAGGAUUUAGUAAAGGUACAUUUAUAAGGAUUAUACUUUCUGUUUGCCCGUGUGGAAUAAUUCUUUGUAUAUGAAGGUCUGCAAUAAUACAGUUGACAAGAAUAGACCCAGGUAGUCAUUUUCUAAGCACUAUUAAUAUGCAUUUAACUUUUUGAAAACAUCUGUUUUUUAGAAGAAUCCAUUUGGAGAGUCACCGUUAUAUAUUAGGAAAGAUGGGGCAAUCCCCCUCACUCUUGUCUGUCCUGCACCGAAGAUUGUUCCCCCUUCUUCUGACCUAAUUGACAUUGGAAGUGAAUGUUUGGUGCUUUCUUCAAAGCCUGUUCUCUGAAGUUAAUAGUAAUAAUGUUACUUGGUCAUCAGAGUAUUGAGAGACCAAAAGUUAGCCUUUCCAACAAUUAGGAAAGGCAAAGAAGAUACCAAGGAAUUCCACAUUUGGUAGAGCUGUAUACACCCCAAAUGCAUAAUAAUUGAGAACAAAUCUGUUACAUCUUCAGAAUCUAACUGACCAUUGUUAUUCUCCUGUGUACUAGUAGGAUUUGAAAUAAAUUUUUGAUACCUAAUGGAUGAAAAUUUAGCAAAAGAGAAAUAACUUUCUGUUGACUAACUGAGUUGUUCUCAUGUAGCAGUGGCCCAUGGCCAACCAAUGCACUUUUUUCUACUAAAGAUUUCUGAUGCACUCCCAAUACUUUUACAGUGCAAACUUAUAUGGCGUUGCAGGGGUCUAAACUCACAUGUUUUUACAUAGGCUUGUACUGUUAAUUAUACAGUGUAAGAAGAUGUAUGCUCUAAACAUGCACCUUAUUACUUUCUGUUACUGUAUUUCUCUCUUAUGUGUUACUAUCUGGUAAUACAGAUAUUUUUUGUUGGGAAGCAGCAAUAGUUGCUGGGACUGAAGUAAUUGUUGUACCUGCUGCAAGGAAGCCCUUUUGCCUGAUGUUAAAUACCAUUAUAAUAAAAUGGAUUUUCUUUUUGCAUUC